AGGGAUACGCUGAGCGUCUGCACCUCAUCACCGGCGCUCUGGGUUUGAACGCCGUUAUUUACUCGUCUUAUGACAGGAUCCUCUGUCCUCCGCUGUCUCAGUACAGAGUACUGCUGGUGUGAGAAGAGCAACACGGUCGGCUAAUGAGAGGUUUCAUUUGAUUUUUAGUUCCUCCAGAUAACAGGACCUACUGAAGGCGUCAUACUGAAACACUUAUGAUGGUGGACGUAUAUGGCAAUAACUGUUAACAGGUACAAGUUUUAUCCAACGUAGAAGAUGCACAGCAGGAGCAUCAAAUCCAUGAUGAUUUCCAUCAGCUAAAUCUGUUAGCUGAAAUCUGUGGAUACAUGAUGGACAAGGAUCUCUUACAUAUUCCCGAAAGGGCUACAGCUUGAUGAUACGCUUCCAAAGAGAAGAAUGGGAGAAGACUUCAUACCAGGAAGGUGGUGAUGCUAAGGACCUGCAUCACUAAGCCCUUCAGUACUCCUGAAUAAUGAGCGUUCCCUUCAAGGACUUCAUGUUGCGUCUUGGUUGGCAACAUGAACGGCACCUGCGAACCCCAGACAUCCAACAAGACUGCGGAUCCAUUGGGCGGCCAUCAGAUUUGGGAGGUGGUUUUGAUUGUGCUGGUGACGGGUCCACUCUCCUUUAUUACCAUCGUAGGCAACCUCUUGGUGGUCAUCUCCUUCCGGGUCAACAGCCAACUAAGAACCAUCAGCAACUACUAUCUGUUAAGUCUGGCAGUGGCUGACUUGAUCUUAGGCACAGUGUCAAUGAACCUCUACACAGCUUACAUCAUAAAGGGUCAGUGGAUGUUGGGACCCAGAGCAUGCGAUCUGUGGCUAGCGCUCGACUACGUAGCUAGUAAUGCCUCCGUCAUGAACCUUCUGGUCAUUAGCUUUGACCGGUACUUUUCUGUAACACGGCCUUUAACAUAUCGAGCCAAACGGACACCUAAAAGAGCGGCAAUGUUGAUCACAUUGGCAUGGGCAGUGUCAUUUGUCCUGUGGGCACCUGCCAUCUUGUCUUGGCCCCAUGUACCUGAGAGACCACUGGACGAGCCCAAGGAUUGCUCUAUUCCCUUCCUGAAGCAGCCCCUCCCAACCUUUGGCACAGCCAUCGCCGCUUUCUACCUUCCUGUUAGCAUCAUGAUCAUUCUAUACUGGCGGAUUUACUGGGAGAUUGAGAAUAGAGCAAAAGGACUUGCUAAGUUUGUGGGAUCCGUUAGCAGUAGUGCGGGUAACUCCAUGAAGGGAGACAAGCGGUCCACCUACCAGAACAGCACACAAAGCAGUCUCAACAGCUCCAUGGAGAGAAAUUCGGAAAAAUGUCCAGGGGUCACCAGGAAACCAUCAGUGGGAUGCUUUCCUGGGAGACAAAAGCAGCUUCCUCUGGUAACAGCAAACGCAUCUAUGUUGCCGCCACCAGGAGACAAGAAUUAUAAGGAGGCUUGCAGUAGCAACAGUUGGAACAUCGAUGAUGAGGACGACGAUGCCCCAACCUCUUCAUCAACCGAGGAAGAGCAGGAGCAAGAUCUUAAAGGAAUGGCACCAUCUGCAUCAAACCCUGCAGUGAUCAAGUUGAAGGACCUGCAAGGUAGAUCAGAGUACCAGCAGGAAAUUCCAGCCCUAGCCGGGCCACCCUUCUGUCAUCCUCCACUGAAGAAACCCAGAACGCUGGACCUCAGCCUCCGCAAGCAGCCCAAGACCAAAAGGCGAAUAAACAUGAUCAUUCGGGAAAAGAAAGCAGCACGGACGCUGAGCGCCAUCCUGUUGGCUUUUAUCUUGACAUGGACACCCUACAACAUCAUGGUCUUGGCUUCUCUUUCGCACUGUGUCCCUGCAAAGUUGUGGCAACUGGGAUACUGGUUGUGCUACGUCAACAGCACAGUCAAUCCCAUGUGCUACGCUCUGUGCAACGACUCGUUCCGAGCCACUUUUAAAACACUGCUCCUGUGCCGCAAAAGGGAUGCCAAAACUUGGGAAACAGGUCGUCACAGCCGCCAUGCCUCUACGAGGCAGAAAAAGACAUGCAGCACCGUCUAACGAACUAGCUUUGUCGGUCAUGCAAUACUGGAUUAAAGAACUCAAUGGAGAAGCUUCUGAAACCCAGUGGGGGUUCAAUCAAGUUAAUUCAAAAGAAAGGGCUUAAAACCUGAGUGGAUAUCAAAAAAAAUUCUUCUUUUUGUAUAAAUUCGCUUAAUCCAUGCCUGUAAAAUGAUUGCCGACGGUUUGUAUUACAAUAAUCUCCAGCCUGAACAUAAG